AUGACUUUGGUGACCCAGAUCAUAUAUGCAAAAAUAUUCAAUACGUCAUUCGCUCGCAUUGCGUAAAAGCAAGCAGGUUCAGGAGACGAGGAUAUAACAAGCAAGUGGCUGUAAGUCAUACGCUUACAACGCGCGAGGCUUGUAUAAGGAGGUAGUUGACAAGGCGGUGUGAAUCUGCCGCCAUGGCGUCAAUCAGUAUCGUCGCUAUCCUUGUUCUCCUGUCUGUGUGGACGACUGCUGAUGACUUCAAGAACAGAGUGCUUCUCGUGUCCAUGGACGGAUUCCGAUGGGACUAUCUCAACAACGCGACCUCCACGCCACACUUCCACACGUUCGGGGACGGGGGAGUCAGGACCACGUUCAUGAAUUCCAGCUUCCCAACUCUCACCUUUCCUAAUCAUUAUACCAUGAUUACAGGUCUGUGGGAGGAAAGCCAUGGGAUUACCGGCAACUACAUGUACGACCCCGAGUUCAACGCAACCUUCUACAUGGGCACCACAGAGACACGCUGGUGGGAUGGGGGAGAGCCGUUGUGGGUCACAGCCAAGAAGCAGGGUUUGAAGGCUGGGGCCUAUUUUUGGCCAGGUAGCGAGACUGAGAUUCGGGGUGUGCGGCCGGACUACUGGUUCCCCUACGCGGACGACCCGCCUUAUAAGGAACGAGUUGACACCGUCGUUGACUGGUUCAAGACCAAAGAUGUCAAAUUUGCCACCCUGUAUUACCCAGAGCCCGAUUCAACUGGACACAGAUUUGGGCCAGAAUCACAAGAGGUCAAGGACAAGGUCGCGUACAUGGAUGAAAUCCUUGGUUACCUCGUGCAGAAGAUGAAGGACAAUGACCUCGAAAAUGAGGUCAAUGUCAUUGUUACCAGUGACCAUGGAAUGGUUGAAGUAGAUAACGUCAAUAAGGUCGUGGAUAUAUCUGAUUAUGUGGACAUGACAAAGGUAGCUCGUGUCCCGAGUUACGGCCCCGUGAUGCAGAUUCUGCCGGUAGAGGGUCAGGACGACGCCAUUAUUCAGAGUCUGACUGGAGUGGAACAUAUCACAGUCUACAAGAAGGAGGAUCUUCCUGAACGUCUCCAUUACCGGAACAACAGAAGGAUCAUGCCUAUCGUCAUGAUAGCAGAGGAGGGUUGGCAGAUAACCACUAACAAGACAAAACAGGCCACAAAGACCACAAAAGCCACCCAUGGCUAUGAUAACGCACUGAUGUCAAUGAAGCCAAUAUUCCUGGCGAGAGGACCGAACUUCAAGACCAACUUCGCGUCAGAUCCUAUCCAGAAUGUCGACAUCUACCCUCUCGUGUGUAAACUGCUCAACAUAGAGCCAGCGCCGAAUAACGGGAGCCUGGGCCGAGUCAGUGUCUUCAUUCAAGACACUCCUCCAAUAUCCGGGGCUUCGACCGGUGCAUCAAUACUGCUUUUCGAGUGUCUGCUUGCAUUCAUAAUCGUCAUCAACUUUACAUUGUUGAUACAUGUAUGAAACUCAUGCCAUGAACUCAUCGAGGUUCCAUCAGAGUUUAUUGUUAUAAAUGUUUCACAUGAUAUUAAACGAUGAUGCAUUUAAACGUAAACUUUAUGUUAAAGUGGAUUUCCGUGGAAUAAACCCUUCUGAUUAAUAUUUUGUUUUUGUAACACAUAUUCUUUUCCGCGUGUUGUUAAUUAUAGACACAAAAUAUAAGCAAUUACGAUAAUGAUUAAAUGAACUGAAUAAAUCAGUCGGGCUUUCUUGCA